ACAGCUGUGUCUGGGAGGUUUUCUAUCAGCAGCCCUCACCAGAGCUCCUGGAAAAUCUCAUUUUCUUCUCACUUUGGCCCAUCUCUGAGCCCUGCUCCAAGCACAGCCCUCCCCACCGAAGUCAUGAAGAACCUUACAACCUUCUGUGCAGGAGCUACUUCCAUGUGGGCUUCCUGCUGCGGGUUGCUGAAUGAAGUCAUGGGGACUGGAGCUGUCCGUGGCCAACAGUCCGGCUUUGCAGGAGGCGCUGGCCCGUUCCGCUUUGCACCAAACGCGGCUUUUUCAUCGUGUCCGUCUCCAGCUGCAGCAGCUGCUAACGUGGUUUGCAAAGCCUGUGGACUUCCCUUUUCAGUGUUUAGGAAAAAACAUGUGUGUUGUGACUGCAAGAAGGAUUUUUGCUCGGUUUGUUCUGUCUCACAAGAGAAUCUCAGAAGAUGUUCUACUUGUCACUUGCUGCAAGAAACAGCAUUUCAGCGGCCACAGCUCAUGAGAUUGAAAGUCAAGGACCUGCGUCAGUACCUUAUUCUCAGAAACAUACCGACAGAUACUUGCAGGGAGAAAGAAGACCUGGUGGAUCUCGUGCUGUGCCACCACGGCUUAGGCUCUGAGGAGGAUAUGGACGCUGGUAGCUUGCGCUCAUCACGGUCACAGACUUCUGGGUUUUUUACUCAUCCAUUUUCUAUGUCUGUGUCAGUGUCGUCUCAAGGAGACCUUGCAAACAGAGGGGGAAGCACAGGAAAUGGGACACCUUUACGGGGCCAAACUGAAACAUCUUCUAUAAAUAACGAUGACGAAGAAAGUGCUGAGGAACAGACUCCCGGAUUGUCCAGGAAACGAGCAAGAGCCUCUCUGUCUGAUAUUUCAAGUCUGGACGACAUCGAAGGCUUGAGUGUUCGGCAGCUGAAGGAGAUCCUUGCAUGUAAUUUUGUCAACUACUCAGGAUGCUGUGAGAAAUGGGAACUUGUGGAAAAAGUGAGCAGGCUGUACAGAGAGAGUGAGGAAAACCACAAAACGCAGGGUGAGAAGGUACAGCUGAAUGACAACGACGACAACUUGUGCCGGAUCUGCAUGGAUGCAGUGAUCGACUGCGUCCUGCUGGAAUGCGGCCACAUGGUGACUUGCACAAAGUGCGGCAAGAGAAUGAGCGAGUGCCCCAUCUGCCGGCAGUACGUUGUACGGGCUGUGCAUGUGUUUAAAUCUUAAAUGAAGACCAAAAGCAAAUUUUAGUCACCCUUUGACUACCAGGAUUUCUGUGGGCAGGAGUGCUGAACGCUGGGGCGCAGAUCAGAUUUUUAAUUCUCAAACACAACAUUUUGAACAUCAGGACGUAAAAGUUUAUGAACGCUUUUUUACAGCAUACUUAAUCUGACGGUUGGGCGGGAUGAUGUGAUGCCUGUGCGAACAGUGAUAGAGCUGCCUGACUUUCCUUAAACCCACAAACUGUUCGAGUCAAACUGUUUACAGCAGUUAUUGCUCUCUUCUGAAGAAUAUCAGCCCUAGUUAUUGCAUUCAGUACUCAGCAAGUGGUCACAGAAACCACCUUUGCUCAACCAUAUUCGUGCUACAUUGUCUAGUCCUUUAGAACUUAUCGGUUGAAUAUUCUGCUCUUAUGUAAUUAAACAAAUAUAGAAUGUAACUGACACUGUUCCUGUAACAGUGUUAACAGUAUAAAGACUCAAGAAAGCACUGCCAUUAACUGUACCUGCACAGAAGACCUUAAGCAAUCUGUUUGAUGGUGAUUGCUGCGCUCAGAAUGUCAAACAUUGCCCAUCUUGGCCAUUCUUUGUCACUCUGUAGAGCUCGCUCAUGUGAUAUCCAAAUACUGCUUACUAAGUAUUUUUUUUUAGUUUAGGAGUAUUUUUUUAAGAAAGGAGGUACAGGAAACCAUAUUCUUGUGGUUCUUAAUCCACUCAUGCCUAUUGUAACUAUUAAUCUAAUGUGAUGAUUGUAUUUCAUGUGCCGACAACCUGAUAUUACUGUGAAUACUAAUCAGGGUCAUGAAACUACUUGCUGCUAACACGUGGAAUGUAUAGUACUGCUAACCUUAACGGGGAGUGGUUUUGUUAAGGAUAGGGGAAAGGAAACCUUAUCUUUAAAACCUCACAUUCACCAACAUUGACCAAGGCUGAGUCACCAUUACCCCUGCCUCCCAUCAGCUGCUGCAUACCUGUGCUGCUGUCGGCCCAGCUUCCAGCAGGGUGUCGUCUUGGAGCAAAGACCUUCUCAGUGCCUGGGGCUGCCAUGCAGCCUUCUGAGGGAACAGAGCUGCAAAAUCACUUCAAAUGUAGGGACGGGAUCCCUGUGUCCAAGCACGGUCCUGCUGGUGCUUGACUAAGAGUUAAGUUUGUGGUUAAAAGACAAAAAAAAAAAAAGAGGAAAAAAAGUUCAGCUAAACCUGCAGUUUCUCCUUUGAAUUUCCCCCAUGCUAACGAAGUAAUGGAGGUAAGAAGAUGUUUCACCAGGGCUUUAAUACCUGGUAAUUCUUACCUCUGCUACCCCACCUCUCAUUCCGGCUCUCUUAUGUGGCUGGCUUAAAAAAUGAGAAAGCAGCUCCUCCUCAAAACAAAAUAUGCAGCUUUAAGACACUGCUGGCUAUUUUUCAGAAGGGAGCAAACCUCUCAAUGGCUUUAUUUUUUAGAAGUAACUUUUUAAUGAUACUUAAUUCCCGGAGUCUCCGUUGAGUGGGUAAGCUAAUGAGAAACAUACCGUAUGUUACUUCCAUGCUGAUCGUUAGCCACACAGGCUUAAUAAAGAUUUGUGAUGGGC